AUGGGCAACCAAACUGUGCUGAUCCUCGCUUGCAGCUUAAUAUGCCUGUUAUUGUUGCUACUUUUCCUGUACAAGAAGUUAAACAGGGAGGCAGAUGGCGAAUAUACCAUCCGACGCAUAAUCUACAAGGAAGGAGGAGUCAGGGACCAGGUGAGAGGAGCAGUAACGGCUGUGGAAACACGUCUUGGAAUCCAGUUGUGGCCUCACAGCGAUGAAGGAGAAGAGUUGCAGAGUAUUGAAGAAGGACAGGCUACUGGUAGCCAACAGGGGGAUGACUCGAAUGGAGAAGAUGACGAAGAUGAGGAUAAUGAGGACCAGAGUGGCAGCAGUAAGGAAGAAGAGGACGACAAUAAGUCAUGUUCGGAUAGCUCCGAAGCAGGGGAGCAGAACAGGCUAAUGGGUGAACCAGAUGAAAGUGAUGAGAUGGAGGAAAACAUGGAGGAGAAGCAGGAGCAACAGGAAAAAGAGCAGGGUAAAGCAGAAAUAAGUGGAAUGAAGAUAGACCUGAAGCAGUUUUCUGGGAGCGUCAUCUGGUCUGACGAAGGAGGUACCCUUCGACCUGUACGACGUAGUUUCUACGACCCCACCUCGGCACCGGGGCAGGGCUGUUUGUGGGAGUGGGAGAACGACGCCGGCAGUUGGACAGCAUACGACACUGAGGUGGGCAUUGCCAUCCAGGCAGCUUGUGAUCGUCAACAGCCCUGUCUGGACCUGGCACCUCUGGGUUUCUGCUACCUCAUUGACUUUGAAAACAUGACCCAAAUCAACGGGCAAACGCAACGCUGCAGAAGAAUCCAGCGUCGCUCAGACCUUGCUUACCCACUGGUUUCCGGGCCCUUACCCAGGUCUCACCAUGCCUGGGGACCUAUGUCCAUGCCCGGCCAUGGGGGACUUCUUGGCGUUGAUGUUUCUAGUGUUGGUAUGGGGACAAUGAGGAUGAGCAGUGGUGGAACAGGAAAUGGAAGCGCCUAUCCCAGUGGGGCCCUUCCUGCCUCAGCCAUCACCUCUUUAGGACAGCCAUGCGCAUGUCAGCAGUGUAUGUUGAUGCUAAGCAUCAAAGCAGGUACCAUGUCGACUGCGCAAACUCUGGGUCGAAGACCGCUACAGAUCAAGCCCCCCAGUCCCAAACUAAGCAGUUACCCUUUCCCAGGAGGUGCUUACUCCUUAACACUCCCUCGGCCUCCAUCACUGUCAAGAUCUCUGUCCCCUCACAGGACGGCUUUAGUUGGAGCAACGGGUGGCUACAGUGUAGCUGGUACAGGUGGAGGAGGUGGUUUGGGUAUUAUUGGCGCUGGGGGUUAUAGCAGUACCGGCUUCAGUUUUGGAGGAGGCUUCCCCCACUCGCUUUCCCUUCUAGGGCCAGCCACUGCUGCUCUCUCCAUCUCUUCGAAUCGUCCACCUCCUCCUACUCUCCCACCCCCUCCGCCUCCACCUCCUCCACCCUGCACCACUCCCUCAUCGACCACCGUCUUACCACCUCAACCCCCUCCUCCCUCCUCCCUCUCCGUUUCCUGUUCUGCUCCCACAGUACCCACCCCAGCCCCACCUCUCAUCUCCACAGCUGCCUCUACCUGCACACCGUCGCCUUCUGCCCGGGUUCUGGGUCCGGUGUCUUCAUCUGGUGCUGCCGCCUGUGCCGCCCCUCUACCGCCACGAUCCAGCCUCGCAGGUCUGAGCCGUCCUGCAUUGCAGCGUAUCGCCAUGGCCCAGUCACGAGCACUUAUCGCCUCAGGAGUGCCAACGGUUCCCGUUAAGAACCUGAAUGGAUCUAGUCCUGUACACCCCGCCCUGGCAGGCAUCACGGGCAUCCUGAUGAGCGCAGCAGGACUUCCUGUCUGCUUGACCCGGCCUCCGAAGCUGGUGCUUCAUCCUCCGCCUGUCAGCAAGAGCGACAUCAAACCUGUGCCCGGCCUGGGCCACUGCUGUCGCAAGACCACAAAGAAACAAGCCCGGAAAGGCAAGACACCUGAGGAAGUGGUGAAGCGUUAUCUUCAGAAAGUUCGUAACCCUCCAGAGGAGGACUGCACCAUCUGCAUGGAGGCGCUGUCUGGACCGUCGGGCUACAAGGGUCCUGGCGUAGGCGGCAUCUCCCGGGCUGAAUCGGUGGGCCGCCUGGCGCAGUGUGGUCACCAGUACCACCUCCAGUGCCUCGUCGCCAUGUACAACAAUGGCAACAAGGACGGCAGCCUGCAGUGUCCCACCUGCAAAACCAUUUACGGAGUCAAGACUGGCAAUCAGCCCCCCGGCAAGAUGGAGUACCACGUCAUCCCUCACUCUCUGCCGGGUCAUCCCGACUGCAAAACCAUCCGGAUCAUCUACAACAUCCCUCCUGGCAUCCAGGGUCCUGAGCACCCAAAUCCAGGAAAACCGUUCACCGCACGUGGGUUUCCCAGACACUGCUACCUUCCUGACAGCGAGAAGGGGCGCAAGGUCCUGAGGCUGCUUCUGGUGGCGUGGGACCGCAGGCUCAUCUUCUCCGUGGGUACGUCCAGCACUACCGGCGAAUCCGACACGGUCAUCUGGAACGAGGUGCACCACAAGACCGAGUUCGGCUCCAACCUCACGGGCCACGGCUACCCCGACCUGGGCCACUUGGACAACGUUCUCGAGGAGCUGAGGGCCCAGGGGAUCACCGAGGAGGAGUGUCUACCCAGAGAAUGAGCGGAGACGUUUUGCCGGCCCCACGAGGGGAGAGAAGAACCUUCGGACAAAGAAAAGAGAGGGGGAGAACCCUGAAGGCAGAACUGUCGCCAAAUUUGUGUCAGCUUCGUCUGACUGCACGAGACAGUUCUGUGAGACAUUUGAGGUCACUGUGCUCGUACGAGUUGAUGUUAGUUUAAAAAAGAUCUGCCAUUGUACACGGAGAAACUUGAUAACAGAGACUAGACCAGAAUGUAUUUGAUCUUUUUAGUAAAUAUGACGUGUUUGUUGUUGCUGCUGCUAAGUGGGCCCAAGGGAAAUGAAAGGUGGUAUUUUUACGUGGACCUGAGGAUGUGUGGGGGGUUGCAAACAAAGAAACGUGUUUUUCAACUUUUAUUUUUCAAGCAGAGCAUCCUUUUAACUACAACGAACUGCAAACCUGAGCAUGGAUAUCUGCUGCCCUCUAGUGGGACCUUUUGAAAACUACAUCACUUUUUAGGUUUGGUUUUUAAAUCUUGUAUAUUCUAUAAAUACUUGAUAUAUGGUAUUAUUGCGUUCAUUCAUGUUUUUACAUUUGAAUGUUGAAUUUUGUUUUAUAUGGAGUAUUUCAUUGUAUAUUUUUAUUUUUUUUCCUUUUUGAAGACCAAAAGAGACAGUUUAAAUAAUCUGCCUGUCACUUUAUAUGUUUUCUUUAUGUAUGGCCAUUUUCAAAGUAUUCUGUUUCUUAAGCUCACAAACGGACAAAUAUCCGGUCAUUUACCACCCCAUGAGUUUUCUGUCUUCUUGGAGCAGCGGAAAUGUUCAAGUCCGGUAGAGGAUCGAGGGGUAAAACCCCUCCAGGAGGAGCAAAUUCUCCAAAAAGCUAGGAUUAGACCCCCCAGUCUGAGCUCAGAUUUGCACAGUGCUUUCUGCUUAGCAUCGUAAAGAUAACCAAGGCAAACGUGGAACUGUUGUAAUUUUAUGUAGGGCAGACACCAGCCUCAAAUCGCUCUGCAGAAUGUGGUUAUUGCUUGUUUGUGUGUGUGUGUGUGUGUGUGUGUGUGAUUUUUCACCAUGAACAGGUGCAAAAGACUGACACAGUCUGGGUGGAGUUGUGGCCGCAGUCCGUUUGCGUUCACUUCACUGUGAACUGAUUUUAAAGCAAGGAAUGUUUCUGAGUGAGAUGAAAUCGUGAGUGAGGGACGCACUAACAUAGAUCAACAUUUAUUUACAUUUAUACGUCAUGAUACUUUGUGUAU